GAACGGAGGACAGGGUCAGCGAAAAGGCCGAGCACCUCCGCAAGAACGACGUGGUUGAGGUCCAAACCAAGCUGAAGACCCUGCUAUCGAACCUCUUCGACCUGGAGAGGGAUCUGGAGCUCCAGGAAGAGAAGCGGGAACGUGAAGACUGCAUGAAGGGGGAGAUUCAGGAUGACUUUGCCAACAUCGCGAACGUUCACAAGCCCAACGACAGCGACGACUACCAGCCUGAGCGUGAGAUGGACAUCAAUGCGAGGCUCCCGAGGUCUGGUCCUGUAACAAGAACGAUCGAGCGGGCGAUGCGGGUGAUUGGGUGUGGUCGAGCUGCGGUGCGAGAGACCUCGCCUUUGUUGGGAAGUGCAGACGCCGACGAGUCUCUGGGCUAUUGA